GAUAAUUUUUUUUUUAGGUUUUACAUUUUAGUUUAAAAUUUUCCGAAAUUUCUGACAGUUCUACAGGAGCAAUCGGGGUAGUUGUGACAUCACAAAAUUUUUUACUAAUAGCGUUUGCAGAUUUUCGCGGAUUGUGCAAAUUUAAAUAUGUACUUUGCGCGCUCACUUUUGCUCUUGAAUUACUUGGAUUUCAAAACAAAAACACCGGCUACUUGUCAUAAAUAUUUAUUAAUUCAAUUAUAAAUAAAAGAUUAAUCUAAAAAAUGGAUGGAGAAGAUGACCUCACUGCUCUUCAACCAGCAGAAAUAGAUGAAGAAGAAAAAGAAUCAUUGGAGGCCAAGAAGAAAAAAGUAAAACAGCAAAUCUCCCAGUUGCAAGAGUUGAUUGAAGAUGUCAUUCACCAGCUCGAAGUUGUUAAAUUCGGAGACUUGAAUAUUGACCAUAAUUCUGUGGCUGUUGCUGUGCCGUCAACUAGUGAAGAUGUAAAUAUUGACGAUAAACUUCAGUUUGAGUUAUUCAAACUGUCAGGAAUCUGGUGCUCUAAGUGUACGGACAUAGAGUUAGUAUACAAAUUUUCGCCUAACUCUAAUUAUCAGAACCUAAACGCGGUUCAGUUGUUGCUGGAUGAUGACAAAAUUAAAAUAGGUAAAUGGGCGCUUCCUUGGGGCAUCAAGAUUGAGUAUAUUCUAAGAGAAACUCCGCUGGAUAAAAUGAGUCAAACGUCUGCGUUUCUGAGAAAUUGUAAGCGACAUAUUGAUUGCCAUGAGCAACGAUGGAUACAAAUCACCAGUUUGAGGGAAUUAACUGAAGAAGUAAAAAAUAUACGAGUUGAAGGAUCUCUGGGAAAUUUAUCCAUGUACAUUAAACUAUUAUCGAUAAAUAACAGUGAAUUAAAUUUAAAACACGAUAUGAUAAUAUCUCUUUUUUAUGAAUCUGGAGAAGCGAGACCUCACUUAAUAAAAACAAAUUGGAAUUUGAAGAAUAAACCUGAUGAAAAUAUGUUACUAGAAAUGGGUAAAUUUGUAAAAAAUUUUAAAAAAUAUGAUCUUCAAGAAGCUUAUGAAGCGAUUGCAAAUAGAGACCAUCCGAUUUUUAAAUGGAAGCCAAAUCGCGGAGAAAAUAGCCAAGAAAUUAACCUAGGAUACGAAUAUUUUUCUGAUGAAGAGGAUGAAGUAUCCGAGGAAGACCAGCCGAAGAAAAAACGCAAACAGGCAAAAAAGCGGACUGUUAAAAAAAGAAAGGAAGCAGAAAAAAGUCAAGAGAGUCAGGAAAAAGAUACUUUAGUAAGCUCAGAGAAUGAUGAAAAUAGUCCAAUUAAAAAUAACAGUAAGAAUAAAGGUACAAAAUCAACAGCCAAUCCUAAAACUAAACCAUCAGCUAAACCAGCCGUAAAAAAAACUGCUGCUCCAGUCUUGAAGAAACUGGUUGCUUCAAUCGCAAAAAAAUCUACGAAAUCUCCAGCUUCCAAGAAGAACCAAGUUGAUAAACGGCAGACUCGAUUGAGUUUUAAAGGAGUCCCUCUCGAAUCUUCCGACGCUCAAGAAUCACCUAAAAGACAAGAGUUCAACCAGCGGAUGCGAGAGACCAGCACACCCAAGACCAGAUUAAGCGACAAAAUUCCUCUGGUUUCUCUGGUGCCUAUCAGUAUCAGUCCGAUUGAGUCUGAAUCUAGUGAAAAAUCUAACCAAAAUUUAAAUAAGAGUAAGCAGAAAAAUGAAAGUAAAAAAUGAAAGGUGUAGUAGCUUUUAUUUUGUGUAAAAAUUAUAAUCAUAGUAAGUUAUUUUUUUAUGUCUAUUAAAGUACCUAUUUAUAUCUA